GAGGAAGCUGAUGUGUUAUUCCUUCUCUGCAUCGAAGGAUCAGGAAGUUUGUGCUCUCUGCGUGGCUGAGAAGUUUUUCACCUACUAGGACGCGGGUGGGGUGAGGGAAACAGGUGUCCUAAAAUAGAGCGCAAUCUUCAGCCUGCCUCCAGCCGUGAUCCAGGAGUAACAUCAGUUACAACGUUAAAGACUUUGUGCUAGUUGCUAUGGAGAAUAUACAAACCCAAGAAGACAAUAUCCCUGCCCUCAAGAAGUUAACAAUUGAGAGACAGCCAUACCAAAAGAAAGGCUAUAAAAAAUACUUUAAAGGAAAAACAGGUAAGAAUGACCACUUUAACUCACCGGGCCCGUCGCAUUGAAAUAAGCAAGAACUCUGAAAAGAAGGUGGAAAAUGAGGAAGGUAACAACCAAGAGAGGAGUCCUGACAGUGAAGACUCUGGAGACUCUAAGGAUAUCCGCCUCACCCUUAUGGAAGAAGUAUUGCUCCUGGGACUAAAAGAUAAAGAGGGUUACACAUCUUUCUGGAAUGACUGCAUAUCAUCUGGCCUACGAGGGGGCAUCCUGAUAGAACUGGCCAUGCGGGGUCGAAUCUUUCUGGAACCCCCCACCAUGCGUAAGAAGCGACUACUAGACAGAAAGGUACUGCUAAAAUCAGACAGCCCAACAGGUGAUGUUUUACUAGAUGAAACCCUCAAACACAUCAAAGCAACUGAACCCACAGAAACUGUCCAAACGUGGAUAGAGUUACUCACUGGUGAGACCUGGAACCCGUUCAAAUUACAGUACCAGCUGAGAAAUGUACGAGAGCGAACUGCAAAAAACUUAGUAGAGAAGGGUAUUCUAACCACUGAGAAGCAGAAUUUCCUGCUGUUUGACAUGACUACCCAUCCAGUGACCAAUACAACAGAGAAACAGCGACUAGUGAAAAAGCUUCAAGAUAGCGUACUAGAGCGGUGGGUAAAUGAUCCUCAGCGUAUGGACAAGCGAACACUAGCACUCCUGGUGCUAGCCCACUCCUCCGAUGUGCUAGAGAAUGUCUUCUCCUCUCUGACAGAUGACAGGUAUGAUGUGGCAAUGAAUCGAGCCAAGGACCUAGUAGAACUGGACCCCGAAGUGGAGGGGACAAAGCACAGUGCCACAGAGAUGAUCUGGGCUGUGCUAGCAGCCUUCAAUAAAUCCUAAAGCCGGAAGGUGGGUUUCUCCUUUUCUCCUGCUGGCUGGUGACUGUCAGAGACUCCAUCAUUGAUUUUUGUGUAAUGGGAUGUGUUUUCAUUUUUUUUUCCUUCUCUUAAAUCAGACUCAUGAUUUGAGGAGAGCAACUUCAGGGCUUCUCCAGAGACCUUGACCUUUAUAAGCAGACUUUAUUUCUCCCUAUACUUCUACUCCAUAGGUAGAAUAAACUGAGUGAACCCACACACACCCAAUAAACAUUUUCUUCCAUUUCUUGGUUUAGUUUCAUCCAGUCUGCUUUUGGAUAAACAGGACUAUCUAAGUGGCAUUUGGAGUUCUCUAGCCACACAAUAUGAAUGAGAUAAAGAGCAAACCAUUUAUUAUAUUUUUCUAAGUUUGUUUUCUAUCUUAAAUACAUGUUUUCACAGCCUUUGUCUCAAUGUUUUUCUCUCAGAUUUGGCUAAAUAAUGUAGCUUAUUGAAAUAACUUUCUUUGAAUAAGGGGCAAUGGAAACAAAACUAAUUUUUGAAGCAGAUGGUCUCUGGGAUUGUAUGUUCUGCUAGUGAUUUUCUCAUCUUUCUUUUUCUAACCUAAUGAGAAUGUACCAAAUUUGAUUACCUGGAUCUCAGUCCUAGAGCCAGAAAUAUAUUCUUUACCCCCUCUUAGAAUUACCAUGCUCCUUGAUUCAUUAGGAUAAAAGUCUAAAUUUAAAAAAAAAAAAAAUUCUCUCAAUUACCUCCUUCAUGCCAUCAGCAUUAGAAUUUGUAAGGGAGGGAGGUGGCAUGAGAAUUUCCAUCCUUUAGCAUAUGACUUUCCUGUUUUCUCCAGACUACUUUCAGUGUCUCUGCACUGAUUGAAUUGAGGGUACUGUUAAGGUUCAAUUGCCAAAUAGCAGCACCCUGAGUCAAGACAGUGUAAAUGAACUCCAGAUAUUGUUCCUUAUUUUUUUUUUUUUUUUGGCUUCCUACCUAAAUUGAUAAAUUCUGUCUAUGUUUAACGGUUUGGAGAGUUGUUUUGUUUAUAUUUAGUCCAUAAAUACCCUCUUACUCAUCAGUCUUGUUUCAACACAACUAUCUUUCUGGCCAAAUCUUUAAAUGUUCUUCACCCACAGUGAGGGCAAAGAGAAGCUUUAUUAAGAAAGAUCCCCAUACCGGCCAGCCACCCAGAAUAAUAAAUAAAUGAAUAUCCUGUUUAGAGGGGCAAUUUAUUGUCAAAAGUAUACUGAUUAUUAAGUCCAGUAUUUGGGGAUGUAAAGAGGACAGGCACUGAGUUGUGCUAAUGUCAAGCAUUUAUUAACUGGAUCCUGACUCUUGAGCAUUACAAAGAAACAGGUUGUCGAAGGGUUAAUACAGUUGACCCAGACCCAACAUCAGAUCCUCCUGAUCAGAAGUAAUUUACUGAAUGAUUGUAACUUCAUCUCCUCCCCCAACCAUACCUACCCCCACAAAAAUUCCCCAACUCAACAGUUUUUUUGUUUUUCUCUUCAGGUAUCUCUUGGUGGAUAGAGAUACAAACUGUAAAGUGAAACAAAUUCUAACUUUGAGGCCGAGUAGAGCUUCGGUCUGGCUCUCUAAAAGUACAAAAGCCAGUCUAUGUGUUGUCUCUACCUGACUUAGCUUUUCUUUCAGUUUGAACAAUUUGGCAUGAAUUGAAACCAGGUUUUCCUGUGGAAAGUUUCAGCUUGAUUAGGAGAUGGAAUUUGAGUUGAAUUCUUUCUUACAACUCUUAGUGUUUAUUUUUAUAUUGUAUCUCAACAAGAUGAGGAUGUCUUCAGUUUGAAUCUGCAAAAUAUUCACUGCCAACCACCUUCUCAUUUAAUGCAUAUGUCCUUCACAUUUCUGUAUAAUAAAAAUCAAUUAUUGGCUCUCUGCCCUCUCUGUACAUAGUUUUAUAACUUCGUUUGUUUUCAUUGGAAAUAAAAACUUUUCACACAAGGCUA